AUGGCCUCCUCACUUUCACCAGAACAACUUCAAGAACUUCACGAGUUAGAGCAGAUUGGCGAAGACAAAGUCCGCCAAAUUACAUUCCUCGAAAUCAUGCUGAAACGGAUCGACCCGAACAUUAGUAAUACACACAUGAAGAAUUGCGUGUCAUACGUGCUGGAGAUCAUCUUCACCACCGCCGGCCUCAUUAUUCUAAUAAUGAUACAUCGGCUUUACGGGAAGGACUGGACAUACAGAGACUACAAACUUCUACAGCUAGCUACGUUAAUUAUCAUGGAUCUAUAUAUCUUUGAGCUAAUAUAUCGUCCAAUAAUGCGGAUCCCGUUGAUCAUUCAUCAUUUUGCAACAAUUGGAAUCACGCUUCUCGGCUACUAUGUUUUAAAUCAAACUGAGAAAUUAGAUGUCUCGGCAGAAGGUAUUGCAUUGUUAUUCCAGGCUACGACAGAGCAGGCAACAUUUGUUGGUCUCCUUUUUUACAGGAUAAAACCAAAUUGGGCAAAAAUUAUUCUUCGAUUUUCCACCUUUCAAGUAUUAUUUUCAAAACUUGGAACACUCGCAUGGUGUUAUUUUAUGUGGAAGAGAGAUAUGAUCGGAAACUAUAAAAACACGUCGUUCGAUAAGGCGUGGAACAUUAUUUUCCCGAUAGUGGGAUUAAUCCUCGUUUGGACACAAAUAUGGAGCACCUACGUCGUCUGGGUGAUAUCUUCGAAAAAAAGACCCGCAAAGAAUAUAGAAAUAAAAGAAGAUUGCGAAAAGGGAACCUCGAAUACAGAAGGAAGGAGAGAUAGCGGAAAUGAAAACCCGGCUACAGAAAGGAGGAGAAUUGAAGUAAAUACAAACGGGCCUACUACUGAAGAUAAUAGAAAUAACAACAAUGGAGGAAUUGCCCCAAUAGAGAGAUAA